CCAUUAGUGUUUUUUUAACCGCCGCCGUGAACAGUUCGUCCCACGUUACUCGUUCCCAAUAAUGGUGCACUUCAAUCUCGGCAUUCUCUCGAAUUCAAAUUCGGUUGUGUGAUCUUUUCGCGUCUCUCGUCUCUAACUGCGGUCGUUUUUCUACCAGUGGUUGAGAAGAUGUAAGCGGUGUGAUCUUCGAGUGUGUUGGAUACAGUGUUUACGGAGAGUGUGGUGUUGAAGUGGAUACAUAGUGCGGGGCAAAUUAAAUGGUGAAAAUGUCCGUCAUACCGAUCAGUGGCAAACGGCAAUUGUGCUAUCUGUGCGAAUCGCCCCGGAUGCCGUGGUCGAUGCUUCACGAUUUCUCGGAGGCUGUUUGUCGGGGGUGCGUCAACUACGAAGGUACGGAUAGGAUCGAGGCAGUCCUCGAACAGACCCGUCAGCUGAAAAGGGUGUACAGUAUCCAGGAAGGUCAGUCUGGAAGUCGAAGUAGUAGCAAUAGUUCUAGCGGUGCCUCGCACCAUCAUGCCUCGGCCACGAAAUCAGCAGCCAUGCACAGGUCAGCGAACACAGCUCAUGAUCCCUCGCAUCAGAAUGGGGUGGCGUCUCUAGACGUGGGGAUUCCUCCAGCCGCUCAUCGGCAAAGUCAACAACCGCCUCUGCCACCCCCUGGUUCGGGAACUUGGCACGCGGCUGGGCAUGCAAAUUUACAGCACUCCAGACAAGGGCUUUUGGCCGAGUACGCCACCCCGGCUCCACCCAGGGGCUCUGCUGCGGCUCAGAUGCAGAGGAAUUUGCAAAAUGCUUCAGAGACUGAGCAUGAAAUGCUCCGAACGGCAGUUAGGUUACCGACCGCUGCCCAUUUGGCCGCCGCUGCUGCAGCGCACCAUAUCCCACCUGGUCCUCACCAUAGCAACAAUAGCCGUCCAAGUUCCUUGCCUCCCCAGUCGAUAAGUCUCAAGCGAGGGCUGUCUGGUCCGAGCGAAGAUGAUGACGGUCACCAUUCGAUGCUGUCGCAUGCUAAUGGAGAAGGACCUGCUGCAAAGCGCAUGAUGAGUGUUGAGGAACAACAUGCACCAAGACCUCCCCUAACCAGAGGUGAUUCGCUUCCAGCAGUUAGUCUAACUGUACCGUUCAAUGAGCGGACCUUCAAAACAGACCCUAAGCAUCCCAUCAGAGCUCCAUCCUUCGACACAGCAACGUCAUUCAAGCCUACAAAUUACCCAUCGGCCGGCGGGAUCUCAAACGGAAGCAGCGUGGGCGGAGGCGCCGGUUCGCCCCUGGGGACGCGGACAGGAUCCCCGCCCGAGUCGGGGGUGGGCGCGGGAGCGCAGGGCCAAGGCGCCCAGAAUCAGGGGCAGACCCCGGCCGGGCAAGGGGCGCAGCCCUGCAGCGGGAGCGCCCAGUCCCCGAUGGCCGCCCUCAUGUCCGUCACCGACACCCUCCCCCCUGGCUCCCCCCGCAGCGCCGGCGGCAGCCCCCCGGGGUCCGCCGGGCCCCGCUCCGCCUCAAGAGGAUCGCAGCACUCCCCCAACUCCUCAGGUUCCUCGAGUGGAAGGCGAUCGUCCGGCAGUCGGCACGUAAGCUCAACAACGGUCACCUCCAGCGAACUAGCAAAUGCUGCAGCCAAUGGAACGGAAGGUGCACCUCCAGCAGCGACCGGUGACAUCACUGCAGCCCCAGGCACGACCCCCGCCCCUCCAGCCACAACCACCCUCAAGUGCACCCUCUGCCAGGAAAGGCUCGAAGACACUCAUUUCGUUCAAUGUCCCUCGGUCAUCCAUCACAAAUUCUGCUUCCCCUGUUCGAGGGAUAGCAUCAAGCGGCAAGGAGCCGGAACUGAAGUAUAUUGUCCCAGCGGUGAAAAGUGUCCUCUGGCAAAUUCAAAUGUCCCAUGGGCGUUCAUGCAGAAUGAAAUUGCAACUAUCCUUGGCGAAGACCUGAAAGUGAAAAAAGAACGGGAGACCUAGGUCCAUCCUGUAAACGUUCCAUGCUGAAACAUGGAAUAUUGGAGCAACUCUUUGCCGGAAAUGGAGAUUUGCCUAUUUCCGUCCUGUGUAUUCUUGUCGUGAUGUCACAAGAGUACGAUGUUGGUGCUAUUUUGCUCGAAGGUUGACUGCUGUAGUCUACCGAGCAACAUCCCUUUAAGAGGGGUAGUAUUGUGCUGCAUUCAGGAUGUAGCGCCUUUUAACUCACUAUCCUUGGAGGAUAGAUGAUACCAGGAAUCCGCAGUUCUGUGAGUUUUGUAGGGGUUGUCUCAGAGUGUUAUCACCCGUUGACUCAGUCGAAAGACGUUAAAGCCACUCAAAGUUUACACAGUAUCAAUAUUACAUUUUAAAUACUUGUAUGUAAGUAUGUAUGUAUCAUUGUGUAAUUGGAUGUCUGUUGGAGGCUGAAUUUUCUCUAUUUAUUUGUACAUAUCUCUUCUCCUCACCCUUUUGUGGUACUCCCUCGCCACUUUGAUGGUCAUUAUGCCCUCAGUGGAUUGUUAGAUUCCUCGUCAAUUUUGAUCUUCUGAAGAUCUUACAUUUCCUCUGUUCUCGAUUUAAGUCGUAUUCCAGUUUUGCAGGCUCAGUGUUAAUUAUCGCCAUGCAAAAUUGUUGUUCGUGUACCACUGUUUGCAAGUGUCAAUUGUACAGUUUUGUAUAUUAUUGUUUAAUUUAAUUUUUUUUACACACUGUCUCCUUUUUUUUCUUUCUUCAAUUGAUCUCUAUUCAUCUCUGUUUAAUACUUAAUCAUUCAUUUUGAAGUGUCCAGAGCUUAGUUUUUUUAGUCUCCACUUCUCUUUUUCCAACUCUGCUCUAUUAUUGUUAAAAUUCAGUGGUAGUCUCUCAUUCAUUAACUUAUCCAGUGUUUUGCUAGUGUUUUUCAAGAUCUAGGAUUUGUUACAUUUUGAAUGCAUUUUUGGGUGAGGACAACUACCUAAGCUGAUACGGUUUUUCUGCGGUUCCAUACAGUUCUCAGAAGGUGAAAGUUAUUUUUGUUAGAAUGUGUAAAUAAUGUUUGAUGCACUGAUAGUUCGAAAAAAAGAACAUUAAUCUGUACCACCCACCCAAUGAAUGAACUUACUUUAAAACUCAACUCAAAUCUUCUCCCAUGAAUUGCAAAUCAAUGAAAUAGUAAUUGAAAUAGUCAUAGUAAGAAGUAAAAUAGUUAGUAGUUAAGGCAGAAACUUCUUUGUACUUGUUUGAGCUUUCAGUUUUUUUAACGAUUUUCCAAAAAUUUGUUGUGGCAUUUUACAUCUGUAGUCCACAAAACUCACUAAAUAACCAUUUUUUCCUCAUUAAUUCCAACUAAAAGUUUCAACUUACUUUGAAAAUCGGGUGCCUCUCAGACACAAUUCAUUUAACUUUUUCUCCCCUUGUAUCAUCAAAGAACAAAAAACCGUACCCUGAAAUGUCACCACUGAAUUGACCAUAACCCCACCCUCUCCGCUAGCUUGCCCUUAUACAUAUUUGUAGAUUUUUGUACUUUCAUGUUUGCAUUAAGAUAAUUCAAUCAAAAUUAAUUUUAAACAAAAAAAAUGAUUAGAGGUUUGUCUGGUCAGUUGUCCGAAUUUAAUUUUGUGAUGAUUCAUUUAUCAUCAUCGAGGAUAAAACUAGAAGAACAUAUACUCUAAUUGGGGUGGUGUGAAAUGUUGCCUCUAAUUCAUGUUCUAAAGGCAAGCAAAUCUUUCUGUAUUGUUUCAAAAAUUCACAGAAUAUUUCCUACAAAAAUCAAGGAAAAUUUUAAGGGAUGAUAUUGUUUAGUUUUCCAUUUGAAAAGUAAAGCAAGAUAGGAGAUUUGCCACCCUUGUAGUUGAAAUUCACGUUCCUCUAGCUUCCUCAUCAUAAUAGUCAAAACUUCCUAAUUAGCAUUGCCCAUAGUUACUUGCUGUAUCGUUUUCUCAGAAAUGCAUGUCUUUGCUCUCACCAACCCCUUGAAAUCCAAACUAAGACAUAAUGUCUCCAGCUAACCUUAAUAAUAGCCUAUACACACCAUGAUGUAAUUAAGUCUAUACCCAAUUUCCUUCAGACUAGCCUUUUUACAGCCAAGAACACUGGUUUCGAAAGACUUCUAUCUAAAUAUACACAAUGAGUGUAUCUCGACUGUAUAUUUAGAGAGUACCUAAUUUACUCAGAAAAACCUUCAAAUUUUUUUGUUACUUCUGUUGCAGUUAAAAGGUACUAAAAUUUUUCAUUCUGACUGGAGGAAGUUGUAUUUACUUUUUGAGAUGAGUGCUUUUGUGUACAUAUUUUUAUGCUUUCUAUGGUUCUCAUAGGAAGGGAGUUGUGCUCCUUUUGCAGGCAGAACUAUGGAUUGCCGGUCUCGGUGAUCCUGUCCUCCCGAGAUGCAGUCGCUACUUCUCAUGGGGUUCUGUCACAAUCAAGUCUUAAAUUCUUAAUGGUUAUGUCUGCUGAAUUAAACAGUCUCCUUUUGCCGAGUUUAGACUUCUCAGGGUUUUAAUUAGAUUUUAUUUAAUUUUUCGUUAUUCAUUCUCGCCCGAACCGAGCAGUGCACUCUCCUCCCUUGUGUUUCUCUCCUCCAACAAUGAGCAAUGUGUAACUUUUUUUGCCAGUUGUGUUACGUUAGUGUAUGUACCUUUUAAUCACUGUUUUCUGCGUAAUGAUUGUUACCAUUUGACUUUUUAUAAACUCCUUGUAAAUGUGAACCUCCUGUAUUGGACUUCACUUUCAGACUCAGUGGUUAAUUUAAAAAAAAUUAGUCACUCUGCUCCAUAUCUUAAGGAGAAUCUAUUUUUUUCUUCCGAGAACGAGUGUAAUAUGACCAAAAUGGAAUGAGACUUACGUUCACCAAACCAUGAAACAAAAAGUACAGAUAUCAGACUUAGUUUGCUAAAAUACUGAUUUAUUUUAAAUUUUAAGCAUGAGACAGGUUUAUAAGUCUGAGAGAUCAUGCCAGUAUUUAUAUCCCUACAAUCUCUUUCUGAAACCCGACUCUGAAGCCAAAAUUGAGGUGUCAAUAUUGCAUCUUAUAAAGUGAUAUUGAGCAAUGAAUUCAAUGUCCAACUAUACCUUGCUUUAAUUUUCAGGUUUUCAAAAGAAUCACUCAAGGAUCUAUUGUUUGCCUAAAACCUACAUUUUUGCAGGAGCACAAUCAGUAUUUAAGCAAUCUGCGUUUGAUCUCUAGCUUUAAAAAUUAAAAUCAUCCUUCUCGAUGUAAAACACAACUAAUCAGACAAUUUUUUGUUGUUUUUAUCAUGAAGGUUAUCGUUCCAAGUUAUGAGAAAAGGAAGCUUCGUAAAGUCCUUGAAACAUUAAUUUCAGCAAUAAAUAUCAUCCUUGUAAAGAUAAUUUGAUCAAACAUUCUCUGUAAUUAGAUGCAAGUUUUAAGUAAGACAGAAUCAUAGAUGUUGUUAGAAGAAAACUGUUGGAUAAUAUGUAUGUAUGUUGUGGACUUUUCGUCAAUAUCCUCACGCAUUUAUUGGAGUUGCUAUUUCUUCAAACCAUCAGCAUUGAAAUAUUGAGGACUUUUUGAGUUUCUGCAUUUUGGUCGGAAAAAUAAGAAAAUAUUUAUUGAAUCUCCUCAGCUUUUCAAAAACUCUCGGAUUUGAGUGAUACUUGCGAAUAUUGUUUUUUCUUUUUUUUUGAAUGCCCAUUUUGUACUGAAUGAACAUUUUUUUAGGGUGAAAAAUAUUUCUAUUGUACAUACUUAUCUUUUAUUUACUGUUUCUAUACAUUUUUAUUUUGUACUAUAUCUUUUAGUAACAUGUAAGAACCUAGUCACUGGACAAAAUCGUAUUAAAUUUGUCUCAAAAUAUUUAAAAAGAUUUUCAAAUGAAAAGAAAAGGAACUCGCAGACUCGCUGAUGUGUUUAGAGGAAUUCAACUAAAAAUAUCUACUCAUUGCUAUUUAUGCGGUUAAUAUUACAAAAUAAGAAUGGGUUUUUUUCUGUUAUGUAUUUAUUGAAAUUUUGUAUCAUAUUGAGUAGAAAGAAGAAGAAAAUUGGAGGAUUGUGUUAUAAUAGUGUUUCAAAUUGAAAAGCAAACAUGAAAUAAUGUUGGAAAAUAAUAAAUUAGCUCUCACGUUUA